UCGCAUACAAUCAGCUAGAAGCAUGACAUUUUAGCUAAAAUUAAUAAAUUAUAAAUAAAACGUAAAGUUAUUUACUAAAACUCCUUGAAAAAAGGCAUUUACGAAGUGAUCAGCGAUAUUUGAUAGUGACUUAAAGCAGGAAACAUUCAUGGAUAAUGAAUUUUUUACGUCAAACAUUUAAUGUUACGAAACAAGUGACAACACAAGUUGUCAAUAAUUCAUUGAUGCAAAUGCGUGAAAUAGCUUCGCUAUAUCGAAUGCAUCGUACGGGACCGCAUAUAAAAACACGACCACCUCGGAAGCCGUUAGAUGGUAAACCCUUCGCUAAGGGUGUCGUAUUGAAAACGUUAAUUAAGAAACCGAAAAAACCCAAUUCGGCGAAUCGUAAAUGCGUUUUGGUCCGCCUUUCUACCGGGAAAGAAAUGGUAGCCUAUGUUCCAGGCAUUGGUCAUAAUCUGCAAGAACAUAAUAUUGUUUUAGUGCGGGUCGGUCGUUUACAGGAUGUCCCUGGUGUUAAGCUGAAGUGUGUGCGCGGUGUUUUUGAUUUAAAUCAUGUGGUUAAAAAUAAAUAAAAUUAUUUUUAAGAAAUGAAAAAAUAAAAAAUAAAAAAAAAAAAACCAAAUAUAAAAGUAAACAUUUAUAAUCAUUUGCUGGAGAUUAUCAUUUGUCUUAGGACAAAAUUAAAAGAAAAGGUCAAGUUUAACCAUCAUACACAUACACACGUACGCACACAAUUU